GCAGCUCCUCAGAAAUGUAUGAACAGUGUAUUCAUGGCCUCUUACAGGUUUUUGGCUUUCUUUUUUUGUGAUAUGAAGUGCUGGUGGGAGGCUCUUCUUUCCACCCUUAGCACCUACAACCUGCCCUGUGCCAUGCUCUGCCUUUGGCUGCAUUCUCAGCUGUAUCCUGACCUUGGUUGUGCUCAGCCUCUCCUGAGCAGACCGCUCGCCUCGGGUUGCUAUUUGACAGAGGAAGGCUGAAGCCUUCCCUGUUUCCUGGCAGCUCUGAUUUUUCCACUUCUUGGUCCAGGAGAGGCAGAUUUGUUUAAAGGGAUCAGUGUUAUUUCUUUGGUCCCUUUGGGACAAGGCUGCUGUAGUUCUGGCAGUGACCCUGUAGAAGCCUCAUGAGCUGUACCAUCUGUACAUCUUGCUGGGCUUUUCUCCUUUAUCUGCACCUGUGUCAAAGCCAGGCACUGGCUCUGCUGAGGUCCUUAGUGCUUGGCUGGGGUGCUCACCUCCCUGCAUGCCACCACAGCAGUACCACUGGACAAGGAGGAGUAAUCAGGGUGUGACCCUGGUGCUGAAACAGACCACAGCCCCCAAGCAGGUCUCACGGUUGCAGUUGGAGAUGAUGGAGAGGCCAACAGCAGCACAGGCUGCCCUGGAAUGGGAGAUGCUGAAACAUCCUGUGCAGGGAGCUGCUGCCCUGCUGAUGGGACAGGGAGCCAGGGGAGCAGGAGUGGGCUGUUAGGGAGGAGAGUGGCGUCAGCCCAGCCUCACACUGCCUUCCUGUUCAGUGCUCUGAGCUCACCCUCCUGCUCUCGGGUUGUCUGGAAACGCGGCAUGAGGGGAGGGACCUCUGUGGGCACAACGGGUGCUGUGAGUGCAUCAGUCCCUUCUGGCACAGCAGAACUCUGCUCUGCAGCCUGAGGCACCACCUGGAGAGUGAGGUGCUGUGCUCACAGCUGCCCAUCGCCUGCUUACUGAGCUGUGCAUACCAAGAAGCCCCAGGUGAGGAAUGCUCUAGGAUCGUGCUGUGGACAUACCAUCUUUGGGUUGUGUCCCGCAGUGACCAGACAUGGCUAGCUUGGCUGUGGGAAUCAUCCUUGCUGUGCUGGCUCCGCUCAUCAUCGCUGCCAACGUGCUGGUGGCCAUUGCCCUCCUUCGCCUGAUCUGGAAGACCGGCUACAAGGGACACUAUUUUGUCCUUAAUCUUGCUGCUGCAGACACCAUAGUUGGUUUGUCGGUUGUAGGUCUGGUCAGGGGGGAGUUGUCUGAGCACGUUCAUCCCCCACAGAUCUUCUGUGUCCUGCGAAUGGCUUUUGUGACAUCCUCUUCUGCUGCUUCUAUCCUAUCCCUGACCCUGGUCGCGUGUUACAGGCACCUGGCAAUCAGAAAGCCUUUCCACUAUCACCAGCUGGUCACAGGCACGCGGGUCGGGCUGCACUUGGUGGGGCUCUGGCUGCUUGCUGGUAUCGUUGGCUUUCUCCCACUCCUUAUCCCAGGCUUUCAGAAGAUCUCCAUCGAGGAAAAAUGCUCCUUCUUCGGAGUCUUCCACCUCAGCUACAUGCUCAUUGUCUCCUGCAUGGGGUUCUUUCCAGUCCUGUUUCUCUUCAUUUACCUCUACUGUGACAUGCUGAAAAUUGCCUCUGUGCACGUGCAACAAAUCCGGGAAGUGGAACGUGCAGGGCUGGCCAGGGGCAGCACCAGUGACAUGAAGGCCAUGCGCACCGUGGCCAUGCUGAUCGGCUGCUUUGUGCUGUCCUGGCUGCCGUUUUUCAUCGCUGGCAUCGUGCAAACUGUGUGUACCAAGUGCUUCCCUUACAGAGUCAUUGAGAGUUACCUCUGGCUGUUGGGACUGUGCAACUCCCUCCUGAACCCCUUGCUUUACUCCUACUGGCAGAAGGACGUGCGGCGGCAGCUCUCCCAGCUGGCUGCUGGAGUGAAGAGGAAAGUCCUUCAUUUGGGGAAUGGUUGCUGUUUCCCCAGCAGAGGCACCGAGUCCAUUCCUACUGUGUCGUGCUUGCAGCUCCAGGAUUGAUGUGGUUAGGAGUGGCUACUAUUGGCUUUCUUUCCAGCUUGUCUCCCUCACCAGGACUGUGAACCUGGGGGCUGCCAGCUGUGGAAUAGAUCUUAUGUGGGGUAGGACAGCUCUGCAUGCUUAGACACAGCACAACCAGCACAGCCAGUUCUGCACCAGCUCCAGGGCACCCAAAAUUGCAGGUGCGUGGCACAUGUUGAAUUUUGCUUGGAGAGCUUCAGCAAGAGCAGCUUUGUGUCUGGUGGGACCAAGCCUUUCACAGACUAAGAUCACUCAUCUUUUGCAGCCUGGCUUUCCCCAGCCCAGAUCUGGGAGCCUUCUGCUGUCCCUUUCUGCCUGCAGCACAGCUGUCUGGACCAGGUUCCCCACCAGCACGUGGGGCAGGGCUGCUCUCACUGUGUUGGCUCUGUCACUCCCUAUCAAUGCCUUACCUAAACCAAACAUGCAAUCCAGCACAUGCAAUCUGGGCUAUUCCUCAAACCAUCCUCUGGUUAGGAUCGAUCCUUGAGGCAGAGGUGAAGGGUCUGGGUCUGGGAUCUCUGCUGUAAUGCAGGGGGGAGGGGAGUGGCUGUUCUUUGGCUAUAUGUGCACUGGAGCAAAAGCUGAACAGCCCCAGACGUGGUGUGCCUGGGAGAGGUGCAGGGCAGCACCGGUUGGUGCUGUUACUGUUUGGUUUGAGCUGUAAAGCAAGUUAAUGAGUGACUGACCGAGUGCUGAGCAGGAAGGACUGCCUUGGAGACAGGGAAAACCUUGUGCAGAAGAGCUGCUUUAUCCCACCAAUGCCAUAGGACUGUUUAUGGGGUGAUAAGGAUGCCUCUACACUGACUCAGCAGAUGGGAGCACACAGCACUUGGUGCACGUCAUGCCACACAGCAGUGAUGGACAGAUUGCUGGUCCCGCCAGAGGCUAUGAUGUUCUCUAAUUGCUUUUUGUAAAACUGUAACAAUUUGUAAAAUCCACAUAGCAGGAACAUUUCCCUUAAAACAGGAUGCAUAGCUAAGGACUCGCUUCAAUCUGAAAAUGGGGAUGCUUUAUGCAAACAAUAAUUGGUUCCUCUUCUGUCACCUGCCCUGCUGGUAGAGAUGAAGGCUCAAGGCCUGAUCCCAUACAUGAGCAGAACCUGCCUCGGUCCUGGGGCCACCCCCAUCAUCAUCUCAGAGGAAGGGAUGAAAAUAAAAGCACCCUGCUAAGACCAAAACAAGAGCAGCAGGCAGCCUGUGGCACCCAUCUCUACGCCUGGGAGCAAACACCACACAACGUAUCCUGUGCACGAAGGAAAGAGCCCGAGAUAAGGCUCACACAGAACAGAUGGGCUCUGUGGGUUGAACUGAUGCCUCGCAGGUGGGUCUGGUAGGUGGAUCCGCUCUGACUCAGCUGUGGGGAUCAGCACAACCGCGUGUCAGCGUGACGUGGCUGCUGUCUGCGCUCGGCACAGCGUGGGCUCCACCAGCUGUUGCUUUGCAAAGCCGCCCCAUCCUCGCCGAGUAACUGACGACGCCGAAGCCUCCGCCUCCUCCUACACGCCUGCCAGCGCCCGCUGGGAAUGGAGACAAGCGGGCCUCCCGCUUCUCGCGUCGGCUGCGGUCCUGCUGCCCACGGGCACGGCUGCGGGCGGGUCGGUGCCUCGGGGCUGCAGGCCGGCUGGCAGCGGUACCGACGCGGGGAUGGCAUCUCCUCGGGGCGACGGGGGACGGGCGGGAGAUGAUGACGCGCUUCUGUACCGAGCGGGAGGCGGAGCGCCGGCCCGCACUGCGGGGUCCGUCCGCGUCCCCGCUCCGCUCCGCUCCUCCCCCGCUCCGAGCGCCGCGCGAGGGCUGAAGAUAAGGAGCGCUUCCUCUCGUUGCUCAAUAAAUCGCAUGGCUGCAUAAAUGCACGCUCGCUGUUCCGACUCGCGGGAGCUGGGGGCGGGUUGCCCUCCGUGGCGGUUCGAGGGCUGCGCCGCCCGCACCCGGCAGCAAAGGGGCCAGAGAUGGG